UUUAAUAAAUAUGGUAAGAAUGAAAAAUGUGUCCUGUGAUUUGUCGCUGAAGCUCUUUGUUGAUUUCCUCUCUUCUCUCUAAUAAGGUAAAAGAGUCUUUGAUUGGUUUGGUGGUUGUGUAGCAUCUCUACAUCUCUACAGGCAGCUGUGAGGAGCUUUCAGUCUUGAGUUGAAGAGCUGAAGAAGAUGAAGAGCUGUCUAACAUUCAUUCUUCUCUCCUCUAUAAUCAAACUCUCUACAGCUGACAGACUGAGGCUGGUGGGUGGCAGUAAUUCUUGUGCUGGUAGGGUGGAGAUGAAUUCUAAUGGAGAAUGGGGAACCAUGUGUUUUGAUUAUUGGGAUUUAACAGCCGCAUCAGUGUUGUGUAUGCAGCAGGGCUGUGACAGUAAUCCAGAUACAAUACAUAUUGCUCACUUUGGACCGGGAUCAGGAAUAAAUUGGAAGAUUUACAUUGACUGUAGUGGAUCAGAAUCCUCAGUACUGAGAUGCAACAAAAUGGCAACAUAUGAUCCUAAUUGUAAUCACAAUGAAGAUAUUGGAGUUAUCUGCAGAGGACUUAAACUGGUUGGAGGUUCUCGUUGUUCUGGAAGAUUAGAGAUACCUCGAGGAAACACCUGGAUGUCAGUGUGUGAUGCUGUGUUUGAUGAUCAGGAUGCAGAGGUUGUGUGUAGAGAGAUGGGCUGUGGACCUCCUGUACAGCUGCUGGGUGCAGAUACUUUUGGUAAAGGAGAGGGGCAGGUGUGGACACAAGAGAUUCAAUGUAGAGGAGAUGAAUAUCAGUUUGAUCUUUGUCCAACAUCACCUUCAACAAUCAAAUGCUCCCAUGAAAAUGAUGUUGGCAUUGUAUGUGCCGACACACUGAGAUUAGUUGGUGGUAGCAGUCAUUGUUCGGGUAGAGUUGAGGUUCUUCAUGAAGGUCAAUGGGGAACAGUGAGUGAUGAUGGUUGGGAUCUGAGAGAUGCUGCAGUGGUGUGUAGAGAGCUGGACUGUGGAGAGGCUGUAGAUGCACCAACGCAAGCUCAUUUUGGAGAAGGGAAAGGGCCAAUCUGGAUUUACAAUGUACAGUGCACUGGACAAGAGUCUGACCUGAGACACUGCAGAAAAAAUAGAUGGUGGAAACAGGAUGGUAAACAUGCUAAUGAUGCUGGAGUCGUCUGCUCGGCAAUCAGGAUGGUUGGAGGUUCUCGCUGUUCUGGGAGAGUUGAGAUGCAUCGAGGAAACACAUGGGUUUCAGUGUGUGAUGCUGCCUUUGACCAAAAAGAUGCAGAGGUUGUGUGUAGAGAGCUGAACUGUGGGGUUCCUGUACAGCUGCUGGGUGCAGAUACUUUUGGUAAAGGAGAGGGGCAGGUGUGGACACAAGAGAUUCAAUGUAGAGGAGAUGAAUCUCACAUUCGAUCAUGUUCAUAUGCUUCAGAUAAAGUAACCUGCACUCAUGACGAUGAUGUGGGACUCAUAUGUUCUGGUUACUCUGACCUCAGACUGGUGAACGGCUCUGAUAUCUGCUCUGGUCGAGUUGAGCGUCGGUAUUUCAGUAAAUGGGGCUCAGUGUGUGAUGAGUGCAUGAAUAUGAGAGCUGCCAAUGUUCUCUGUAGAGAGCUGAAUUGUGGGAUUGCUGUGUCUGUUGUGGGAGUGGACUGGUUUGGAGAGGGAUCUGGUGAAAUCUGGGCUGAUGUGUUUGAUUGUCAGGGGAGUGAAACAAAACUCUCAGAAUGUUCAAUCUCUUCAUGGAGUCGAGCUGAAUCCUCUCAUAAACAAGAUGUUGGAGUCAUUUGUUCUAAUUCCUCUCUGUCUCUUCAUGAUGGUCGAGUGAGGUUGUCUGGAGAGAGAGAGUGUGAGGGUGAGGUGGAAGUUUACAUUCAUCAGGUUUGGAGGAGAGUUCUGCUGGACUCCUGGAGUCUCACUGAAUCCUCUGUGGUCUGCAGACAGCUGGGCUGUGGCUCUGUGCUGAACUUCACUAACUCCUCUUCAUCCAGUGAUGAACACAGUUAUGAGUGUGUGAUGGGCUUCCAGUGCUCUGGGACUGAAGAUCAUCUGAGGAACUGCAGCUCUCCACAAACUCUCAACUGCAGCGCAACACAACAGCUGACAAUCACCUGCCUUGGUCAGAAUUAUAAUAUCUGUCAGAAGUCCAUCAGAUUGGUGGGUUCUGGUGGAGAUUGUGCAGGAAGGCUGGAGGUUUUUCACAAAGGCUCAUGGGGUACAGUGUGUGAUGACUCCUGGGAUAUUAAAGAUGCUCAUGUGGUGUGCAGACAGCUGCAGUGUGGAGUGGCUCUCAGUAAUCAGCCAGUACCAGCCUGGUUUGGUCCUGGUUCUGGACCCAUAUGGCUGGAUGAUGUGAACUGUGAGGGGAAUGAGACAUCACUGUGGAGCUGCUCAUCACGGGUCUGGGGAGAUCAUGGCUGUAAACAUAAGGAGGAUGUAGGAGUCAUGUGCUCAGAGUUUAAAGAGCUCAGGUUAACUGAAGGCUGUGAAGGGAAUGUGGAGGUUUUCUACAAUGGAUCCUGGGGUAAUGUUUGCUACAAUCAGAUGAACAGAGACACAGCGAGUCUGAUCUGUCAAGAGCUGAACUGUGGAAGAUCUGCCAGUGAAUUCAGUUCUUCAGAUGGACUGAGGUCUCAGAAUUGGUUGGAUUACUUUAAAUGUCGAUCAGAUGACUCCACUAUAUGGCAGUGUCCAUCUUCACCUUGGGGACAGAAUGACUGUGGUCCAAAUAAGGUUGUUAAAAUCACCUGUUCAGUUUCCAAGGAAAAGACCCCUCAGAGUCAUCUGCCAUGCUCUACCUCACCAUCUCCAUACCAGAGACAAUGUUCAAAUCAUCUUCCUCUCAGACUGAGUGGAGGGAAGGGUUUGUGUUCGGGGAGACUGGAGGUUUAUCAUAACUCUGUGUGGGGUUCAGUCUGUGAUGAUCUGUGGGACAUCAGAGAUGCUCAGGUGGUCUGCAGGCAGCUGGGUUGUGGAGCAGCAUUGAGUGUUGAUGGGAAUGAAGCGUUUGGUGCUGGUGAAGGUGUUGUGUGGAUGAACAGAGUCGAGUGCAGAGGGACUGAGAUUCACCUGUGGGACUGUCCUCAUGUCCUGAAAAAACACACUGACUGCUCACACAAAGAACAAGUUAGACUCAUCUGUGCAGACUUUUCAGUGUCUACAACUCCUGCCACAACAACAACAUCAGCUUCUCCUUCAGUUUCUCAGACAAACAGUAGAUCAGAGACUCCUCCACAAACUCCUCCUCUCUUCAAUCCUCCAGUGGUUGUGAUUGUACUGGGAGUUUUGCUCUUACUGCUCUUAGUGCCGCUGCUGAUACUGAUUCAACACAACAGAGAGAUGAGGAGAGGUACAGAGAUCCACACAUCACAUACAAGUACACAUCUGGUUGAGGUUGUUUGGAGUCUCAUCUCUGAAGAACAGCAUUCUGGAUAUGAAGAUGCUGAUGAACCUUUGUCAGAAUCCAUAACUGAAUAUGAUAAUGAUGUCCCCACCUGCAGUGACAUAAAAGCAGAACAGAAAGUCACACCAGGAUACUAUAAUGAUGUCAUCACUGAUGGACUGUCAGCAGAUCGUCAGACAGCAGACGUGCCAGAGAAUUAUGAUGAUGUCAUCAUUAUCAGACAGAACAUUCAAGAGGACGUGCCAGAGAAUUAUGAUGAUGUCAUCCCUAUUAGAAAGAACAUUGGAGGUAUAAAUGAGGGAGUUCAGGAGGAAUAUGAUGAUAUAAGAAUGCCAGUGAAUAAAGAUGUGUUGGACUAUGAGGAUGUGGAGGAGGAGUCAAAUAAAGAGGGAGGGACUAUUUGA